GCGUGCGAUCUUUGUAGAAAACGAAAGAUCAAAUGCGAUCGUGCCUCGCCGCAAUGCUCAAACUGCGUGAGCUACCAAGCCAAAUGCGUAUUCACGCAUAAGAAAAAGCCACGGAAGCUACCUCGCAGAAGUGGAGAGCGCAUCGAUAAGCUUGAAACGCGCCUUCGGCACGUAGAAGCUAUGUUGAGAAAAGACUUUUCCUCACAGGAUCAAGGGAAAGAGAGCGCUCAUCCUAAGAUGAUGCCCUUGGAAGCUCAGCGCGUGUCACCACUGCUAAAGCAUAAAAGAGUAGCUAAUCUAGACCUCAUUGGCAAUACCCCUGGCCCAGAAGUAUCAUCAACGAUUCCUUCGACACCAUCACAGGAUUACGUUCAACUUACGCACACCAACAGCUCACUUCGGACUGGACCUGGUGUAAAUGAUGUGUUAAAGCUUCCGCGCCACGCAUACUUCCGUUUUCCUCCUAAGGACGAAGCAGUAAGAAUAGUCGCCGCCUACUUCAAUGGCCCAAACAACGCUCUCCCCCUCUUCCACCCUGAAAGCUUCAUGCAAAGAUUCUAUAGACAGUACGGGCAGGAGCAAAUAGACGACGACCUGGCUUGGUGGGCAUCCUUAAAUGUUGCAAUGGCGCUGGCACUCCGACUUCACGCCGUGCCAGGGCUCACUUACGAAGAGCAAGAUAAGAGAGCUCAACAGUAUCUCCAGAACGCAUUGACAGUCGUCUCCGACCUCACACUCUCCGAAAGCAGUCUUCUGGCCAUACAAGCCCUGCUCGGCAUUGUACUAUUACUACAAGGCACACCGGAUCCCCGUCCAGGAUCAGUGCUUCUCGCAGCGGCAAUACGCCUAUCAAACCAUCUUGGAAUGCAUAGGAAAGGCUCCAAUCGUGAUCUGGACACUGUUGCGGCGACCCAGCGCGAACGCGUGUUUUGGAUCGCAGCUCUUCUAGACAAAGACUUCAGCAUCAGAACGGAACAGCCACAAAUGAUCGACAACGACGACGUAGACAAUGAUCUACCGGAACAAUCACCCCAAGAUGGCCUGGGUUACGUUUAUGCCCUAGACUCCUUCGCGAGGAUCAACUACUUCCGCCUCCGUGUCGAGCUCGCUCUCAUCCAGGGCAAAGCAUACAGGAACCUGUAUUCCGCGCGCGCCUCGAAAAAUGAUGCGAACACACAACUUUCAACUGUGUUUGAGCUCCACCAGUCCCUCGUUCAAUGGAAAUCGGGUAUCGAUCCUCUUUUUUGGGCAGAGAAUAUUGCGACUUCCGUUCCGAAAGCAACGAUGAUGCAAAUGAUCUUUUUGCACUUGGCAUAUUUCAAUUGCCUGGCCACCGUGCAUCGAGUAUCUUUCCAAAACCGCUUAUGGCAAGCAGCAGUGAUGAUGCCACCAAGUCAGGAUGGAAAUCGUGAACCGGAAUACGACCAGUGGUGUAUUUCGGCUAGGAGAUGCGCGGAUGCGGCGAGGUCUUCGUUGCAGCUUAUGGAAAUCCUGCCCUUGGAAGAGCAUCCUUGUAUCUGGAUCAUGAUGUCCUACUGUGUCUCCGCGAUGGUAAUCUUGAUGGCUAGGAUUAUUCACACACCGACGCACGACAAAGCCCACUCAGAUUUAGCACUCAUCAAGCCGCAACUACAGCUUCUGUAUUCAUUGACUGAAAGAGCUCAUGAUGCUGGCUUUGAACGAAUGCGAAGCUUCUGCUCAGAGCUAGAGCGACAAAGCGAGGUUGCUCUAUGCAAUACGGUCGAAUUACCGAGCGGCACCAUAAGCCUUAAUGACAGUCAGUCUGAGAGCAUGUUCCUUGGGACAAACAUACUCGGAAUCCAAUCGAAUGACUUUCAGGGCUACGACUUACCCCCUUGGAAUUCUCCGAUGUCGGGUCUAGAUCGUCUCAAUAAGCAGAACCCUCCCAGCUCCGUGCAAUUGGAGGAUUGGAAUGGAGUUCUUGAAAACACAGCAUAUAGUUUCCCAUCAAAUAUGGAUAGUGACGCAUUUCAAGACGCAUUAGAAAUGCCAAGUCUCGAACUAUCAUUUGUAGAUAUGGGAGAGUCUCUGCUUUAG